GCCGCUUCAGCCCCGGCGGCCUCGGUAGGGCCCGGGGCUCCCGGGGGGCUGGUUUCGACGCCCGCGCCAGCCCCGGCGUCCGCUCCCGCUCCGGGUCCCUCGUCGGGGCCGCCCCUGGGGCCGCCAGCCUCGCUCCUGGACACCUGCGCCGUGUGUCAGCAGAGCUUGCAGAGCCGGCGCGAGGCGGAGCCCAAGCUGCUGCCCUGCCUUCACUCCUUCUGCCUGCGCUGCCUCCCGGAGCCCGAGCGCCAGCUCAGCCUGCCUAUCCCGGGGAGCAGCAACGGCGACGUCCACCAAGUUGGUGUAAUACGGUGCCCAGUAUGCCGCCAAGAAUGCAGACAGAUAGACCUUGUGGAUAAUUAUUUUGUGAAAGACACAUCUGAAGCCCCUAGCAGUUCUGAUGAAAAAUCAGAACAGGUGUGUACAAGUUGUGAAGACAAUGCUAGUGCAGUUGGCUUUUGUGUAGAAUGUGGAGAGUGGCUGUGUAAGACGUGUAUUGAAGCACAUCAAAGAGUAAAAUUCACUAAAGAUCACUUGAUCAGGAAGAAAGAAGAUGUCUCAGAGUCUGUUGGAGCAUCUGGUCAGCGCCCUGUUUUCUGCCCUGUACACAGACAAGAACAGUUGAAACUUUUCUGUGAAACAUGUGAUAGACUAACAUGUAGAGACUGUCAGCUUUUGGAACACAAAGAACAUAGGUACCAGUUUUUGGAAGAAGCUUUUCAAAAUCAGAAAGGUGCAAUUGAGAAUCUGUUGGCUAAGCUUCUUGAAAAGAAGAAUUAUGUUCAUUUUGCAGCUACUCAGGUGCAGAAUAGGAUAAAAGAAGUAAAUGAGACUAACAAACGAGUAGAACAGGAAAUUAAAGUGGCCAUUUUCACCCUUAUCAAUGAAAUUAAUAAGAAAGGAAAAUCUCUCUUACAGCAGCUAGAGAAUGUUACAAAAGAAAGACAGAUGAAGCUUCUGCAGCAGCAGAGUGACAUCACAGGUCUCUCCCGGCAGGUGAAACAUGUUAUGAACUUUACAAACUGGGCCAUCGCAAGUGGCAGCAGCACCGCACUACUGUACAGCAAACGGCUGAUUACCUUUCAAUUGCGUCAUAUUUUGAAAGCGCGGUGUGAUCCUGUCCCUGCUGCUAAUGGAGCUAUACGUUUCCAUUGUGAUCCCACCUUCUGGGCAAAGAAUGUAGUCAAUUUAGGUAAUCUAGUGAUAGAGAGUAAGCCAGCUCCUGGUUAUACUCCUAAUGUUGUAGUUGGACAAGUUCCUCCAGGGACAAACCACAUUAGUAAAACCCCUGGACAGAUUAAUUUAGCACAGCUUCGACUUCAGCACAUGCAGCAACAAGUAUAUGCACAGAAACAUCAGCAAUUGCAACAGAUGAGAAUGCAACAACCACCAGCCCCUGUACCAACUACAACAACAACAACACAGCAGCACCCUAGACAAGCAGCCCCUCAGAUGUUACAGCAACAGCCUCCAAGAUUGAUCAGUGUGCAGACAAUGCAGAGAGGCAACAUGAACUGCGGAGCUUUUCAAGCGCACCAGAUGAGGCUAGCUCAGAAUGCUGCCAGAAUCCCAGGAAUACCCAGGCACAGUGGGCCUCAGUACUCCAUGAUGCAGCCGCACCUCCAAAGACAACACUCAAACCCAGGACAUGCUGGACCCUUUCCUGUUGUAUCAGUACACAACACCACAAUCAACCCAACAAGCCCUACUACAGCAACUAUGGCAAAUGCAAACCGAGGCCCCACCAGUCCAUCUGUUACAGCAAUAGAACUUAUCCCCUCAGUUACUAAUCCAGAAAACCUUCCAUCCUUGCCAGAUAUUCCACCCAUACAGUUGGAAGAUGCUGGCUCAAGUAGUUUAGAUAAUCUGCUAAGUAGAUAUAUCUCAGGCAGUCACCUACCCACACAGCCUACAAGCACCAUGAAUCCUUCCCCAGGACCCUCUGCUCUAUCUCCAGGAUCAUCAGGUUUAUCCAAUUCUCACACACCUGUGAGACCUCCUAGUACUUCCAGUACUGGCAGUAGAGGCAGCUGUGGGUCCUCAGGAAGAACUGCUGAGAAGACAGGUCUUGGUUUCAAAUCUGAUCAAGUGAAAGUCAAGCAGGAACCUGGGACUGAGGAUGAGAUCUGCAGUUUUUCAGGAGCUGUGAAACAGGAAAAGACUGAGGAUGGGAGGAGGAGUGCCUGUAUGUUGAGCAGUCCUGAGAGUAGUUUGACACCGCCUCUGUCAACCAACCUGCAUCUAGAGAGUGAGUUGGAUGCAUUAGCAAGCCUGGAAAACCAUGUGAAAUCUGAGCCUACAGAUAUCAAUGAAAGCUGCAAGCAGUCAGGGCUCAGCAGUCUAGUUAAUGGAAAGUCUCCAAUUCGAAGCCUCAUUCACAGGUCAGCGAGGAUUGGAGCAGACGGCAACAGCAAAGAUGAUGACCCAAAUGAAGACUGGUGUGCUGUCUGCCAAAAUGGAGGGGAUCUCUUGUGCUGUGAAAAAUGUCCAAAGGUCUUUCAUCUAACUUGCCAUGUCCCAACACUUCUUAGCUUUCCAAGUGGGGACUGGAUAUGCACAUUUUGCAGAGAUAUUGGGAAGCCAGAAGUUGAAUAUGAUUGUGAUAAUUUGCAACAUAGCAAGAAGGGGAAAACUGUACAGGGAUUAAGCCCAGUGGACCAAAGGAAAUGUGAACGUCUUCUGCUCUAUCUCUAUUGCCAUGAAUUAAGUAUUGAAUUCCAGGAGCCAGUUCCUGCUUCGAUACCAAACUACUAUAAAAUAAUAAAGAAACCAAUGGAUUUGUCCACAGUGAAAAAGAAGCUUCAGAAAAAACAUUCCCAACAUUACCAAAUUCCAGACGACUUUGUGGCUGAUGUCCGUUUGAUCUUCAAGAACUGUGAAAGGUUUAAUGAAAUGAUGAAAGUUGUUCAAGUUUAUGCAGACACACAAGAGAUUAAUUUGAAGGCUGAUUCAGAAGUAGCUCAGGCAGGGAAAGCAGUUGCAUUGUACUUUGAAGAUAAACUCACAGAGAUCUACUCAGACAGGACCUUCGCACCUUUGCCAGAGUUUGAGCAGGAAGAGGAUGAUGGUGAGGUAACUGAGGACUCUGAUGAAGACUUUAUACAGCCCCGCAGGAAGCGCCUAAAGUCAGACGAGAGACCAGUACAUAUAAAGUAAAGUAACAUGGACUUAAAAAAAAAAAAACAAAAACCAGGUGUUUAAAAAGGAAGAAAGAAAGCCUUUAUUUAAGUGUUGCUGGAAUAUAUCCUGCCUCUAGUGGGCAGCUCCUUGAAGAACCUGAUAGCUUUUACACAGUAUUAGAUUGAUAUAAUGGACAGAAGAUAUUCUUGUCAAGAAAGGAGAAGAGAAUUCUGUUUGCAACUUUAAAGUAAAAACAAGAGAAAAAUGACUUUUGAGGAUUUGUUGCUAAAAAGGAUGGUUCUUUGUUAGAAGUGGCAAAUGUUGAUGAUCAUGUGGUAUUGAUGGGUGCAGGAUACUGGGUGUACAAGUACACAAGGCUCAUGUUGCUUGAUAAAUUGUCUUUGGAGUAGCACACAGUUAUUAAAAAAUACAUCUACUUCACACACAUAACAUACUGGGCGUUUUUAGUUUAAAAAGUAGCUCAGAUUUCAUUUAAUCUCAGUGGAAAUAUGCAUUGAAUCAUGCCAUUAUAUUUUUUCUCAUUUUCAUAUUCUUGAGAACUCAACUGUACUUUUAUUUUCUAUUUAUACAUAUGAUCUGGGAAAUACAAACAUUUGUUUUGCCCUCAGUGGUCUACUGACAUAAAAGUGGCAACUUUUCAGUAGUAGAUCAUGUAGGGAGUUACAGUAGACAUUUCCAGAAAAUACUUUCACACAACUGAACUUCCCAAUCAAAUAAUGUGAUGAUAACAGUUAUUCCUGUGAAAGGCAGAAUGUUUGUUUUAAAAUUAGUCUUGUUUUCUGUAUAUUUAAAUUUGAUUGAGAAGGUGACAACUGGCUCUUAUCCAGUCUUCCUUCCUAGCAGUUUUCUGAUAGAUUACUAUUGGCAGACAGUAAUCUGUCAACUACCAAAUGUGUAAAAUUUUCUGUAUUUCACUUUGUCUUAUUUGUAAAUAAUGAACUAAAACUUCUGGCAGAUCAGCAACAUUUGCUGAGGCUGUUUUUUAAGCUAAUGUGUAUUCUUACUAAUGUUCCUAUCAAGAAUGGAUUUGUAAUAUAUGCUGUCUAUUUCUAAUGUUCACAUUCAUAUUUUGAAGUUCUAUCUUAUUUUAAUAGAGAACAGACUUCUCAAAAUCUUCAGAAGCAGCUUAUUAUUGAAAUAUCAAAAUAAUGAAAUAAACCCGGUGGGGUUAGAUUACUCAUCUGUCCACCAAGUGGGACAUUUGCAUGGACUGGGGGCUUAAAGAAGAGACCUGUAAGUAAAUCCUGAAAAUGAGCCGAUCCCCACUUGAAUGGUUGCUGGAGUAGACCCACCUCUUACUGCCCUGAGUACCGUACCUGAGGCAAAUAGACCAACUUGGCUUUGGUUCAUUUUUCUUCUCAUUUGUGAUCCUGACAUUGAAGAUGUGUAUUCUAGACUGUGUACAGGCUUCUCUUCUGUUGGAUUAAAAUUAUUAGUCCUCCUUUUGUAUAGGCACAUUAGACUAUAAAGUGACCAAAAUAGAGGAAUUUGCCAUUAGAUAUUUUUCAGACGUCAGCAGAUUUGUGGCAAAUCAUUUGCCUUUUUAAAAAAUUCAGCUAACCAGUUCAGACCAUGAAAUACUCAGAACAUUACUUGACAUAUUUGUCUAAGAAGUAAAUAUUUUUUAGUGCAUAUUGAAUCAAAUAAAGUGCUCUAAAGAAAUUAUUAUACAGAUUCUUUUGGGUUUUCUUUUCCUAAGGGGUGGGAAAUAAACAGGAAUAUGAUUCAGACCUUUGAAUGGUGUGCUUAAACAGUACUGAUUUAAUUAGUUCUUAUUUAGUUUAUCUUCUGAUUUUCUUCUAGUUUUCUACUAUAAAUUAAGCUUUAAAACAUUUAACAAGCUGUUUUAUCAUUUUACUGCAAUUUCAAAUUCCUCAGAUUUUUUUUAAAGGGGGAAGAAAAUAAUUUUUAAAUGCUUUUAUCUGUCCCUCUUAUCCACACCUGUGACUUCAGUUAAUAAGUAGAAAGUAGACACGUAUCUAAGGGCAGUUUCGGAAAGUGAAGAAUAGCAGUCUGACUU